AAUUACUUCCUGUCUCUACACUGUGUAUGAGCAAAGAGCAAAAACAGCGCUGCAGUAUGUGUUUUGUGAGUCAUGUCCGUCUUUAAUCGUAAGCAAUGUACUUCUGUGAAUGACUAAUUUAUUGCUUAUACGUCGUUACUGAUUCCUCUGAGAUGUUCAAUACUACAAUAGUUGCUUAAUAGAAGCACUGAACUUAGAUUUGGGCUUGCUCAAGUGAUUUUUGUCAUAUCGCAGACCAUUUUUGUAGAUGGAAGGGAAGUCAAGGAAAGGUAGAAAUCUACCGAAGUUUAAAAAAGCUGUACCAGAAGAGGAGCAGGGGAAGCCUGCCAGGCCUGAUGUUAGCGAAACCGUUAAAUCUAGCAUCACUAUUGAUGGGACCAACUACCAGCUUAACGCAAGUGACCUCAAAUUUAUCUGUAACCUGGGACACGGUAACUAUGGUGUCGUCGACAAAAUGGAGCACCAGGAAACUGGUAAACAUAUGGCAGUAAAGCGUAUAAGAGCGCAAGUAAGUUCUGAUGAAGACAAACGCUUAUUGAUGGAUCUAGACGUCACAAUGCGUACGACAGAAUGUGUUUACACAGUGCAAUUCUUUGGAUCAUUAUUUCAAGAGGGAGAUGUGUGGAUAUGCAUGGAGUUGAUGGAUGAAUCACUUGAUAAGUUCAUCAAAAAGGUCAUAGAAAAGGGUCAACUUAUACCAGAAAAUAUUCUUGGCAGAUUGGCUUAUGUGGUCGUUAGUGCUCUCAACUUUCUAAAAUCCAAGUUGAACGUUAUCCAUCGUGAUGUGAAGCCUUCUAACAUUUUAAUCAAUCGUACCGGCCAAAUAAAGUUAUGUGACUUCGGCAUUAGUGGGAAACUGGUAGAUUCUAUUGCAAAGACCAAAGAUGCUGGAAGCAGACCCUACAUGGCUCCUGAGCGUAUUGAUCCUGAGAUGAUGAGCGAUAAAGGAUAUGAUGUUAAGUCGGACAUUUGGAGUCUUGGAAUAACAAUGAUUGAGCUGGCGACUGGGGUAUUCCCAUAUGCAAAAUGGCAAACACCUUUUGCACAACUUAAACAAGUCGUUAAGGAACCUUCACCUAAGCUACCAGAUGGAAAAUUCUCAGAUGAUUUGGUACAAUUUAUUGAUCUGUGCUUAAAAAAAGAUCAUAAAGAGAGACCAAGAUAUGAAAGUCUAUUAAAACUUAACUUCAUUGAGAUGCACAAGGGGUUGGAGGAAGCCACUGUAGGAGAGUACGUCAUUUCCAUCCUAGAUUCAUGAGCCUAGCUAACUCUUGAACUAUACAUCAAAAUAAAAAAUAAUAAUCAGGUAUUAUAAAUAUCUUGAAUGCAAAAUUCCUGAGUUAUAUUUUUUUGCAUUUAAUUUCUGGAAUAUAAAGUGAAAGAUAUGGUGUAAAUUCCAAAUGAAUUGCAAGUGAAAAGUAAGGUUAAUUUAUAGCAUACAUGAUAUCUCUUUCUAUACCAUUAAUAUUCUAAAAAAUAAAAUAACGCUAUUUUUGAAGUAAUUGUAAAAGGUCGGUAGAAUGUCUUAGAAAACUAUGUUUACACAUGAUUGGAUGCUGUUGAGUAAUAAAUCAGUGUAUCUAUAAACUGGAACAGGUGUGAAAGUGAAGGUUAUAUACCAGGCCUACAUUCAUAAAUACAGUCAAACUGUAAACAUUAGGUUGCCUAGAAAGUUGGUAAAAAUACAUAUCAAAUAAUUUACGCCAGAGUAUAUUAAGCCGGUUUUACACUAAGUGAAUUUAUUCGCACAAAUCAAAAUCAUUGGUUCAUGCGCAUGCAUAUUCACAUUUCUAUCAGUUUUUCACUUUAGCACAAUCAGUAGUUUGAAUUGUUUCUACUUUUUGCGAAGUGAAAAAAUGGGCAACCAAUAAGAGCUCAGGAAGAAAAACAACGCUUUCGAUUUACCUAGUGUAAAACCAGCGUGAAAUUAAGUACUUUAAAAAGCUUGCUAGAUUAGACAUCAUGUUUUAAGGUCAACAUAGUGGACAGUACCAGUAUAAUUACAAGUUCGGCCCACUCCCAAUUCUAAUCGCUUUUUUAUAGAAUGGUAAUUAAAUUUAAUAUUAAUUAUGUAAAAAAAAUGAUUAAUUCUGUGGUAAAAAGAUUACUUUAAAGGAUUUAUGCUGUUAUUGAACACAUCAGUGCUAGAGAGCUAAGAAGUAGAAUAGUAUGGAGGUUGUUUUAGGCUUUAAAAUAAUCAUGAAAAACAUUUUUGAAAAUACUCUUAUCUGUUCAUUAACUCAUCAUUUUUAUAAGCAUUGAUUUCAUUAAAAAUGGCCAAGGAUUUAAUAAACUCUCUCAUUAAUCCCUUUAAGAUUAGGUCACUGACUUCUACAUAGGUCGGUGUAUGAUCACUUAACUUGUGUGUGAUGACCCCCAACUGAGAUUAAUUUUCUUAAAAGCAUGCUUAGAUUAGAAAUGUUUUCUUACAACAAAGGUAAUAAAAUAAAUAAUAAAAUAAAUAAUUUAAAAAAAAACCUCUCAAAAAU